CAAGUAAAGCAAAUAAUUUAACACUAAAAAUAUCCCCUUACGGGCUUUUCCUUUUUAAAUAUCCGACUGCCACCAAAAAUGAAAAAGUAAUAAAUUUCAUAGUAAGAAAUUUACGUUGACGUUUUCUAUUUCCUCUUUUGGGUUUCUUUCUUGCUCCUCUGUUCUUCAAUGGGGCGCGUAAAAGUUUUCAGAGAUUUGAUCGGAAUCAUCAAGGACAAAGCUUCUCAAAGCAAAGCUGCUUUGAUUUCCAAUCCCAGAACCUUAUCUCUCCACCUGGCCUUACUCAGAGCCACCACCCAUGACCCCUUCUCCCCACCCGACCCCACACACUUGGCCACUCUUCUUUCCUUCGGUCACUGCUCACGUGCCACCGCCUCCACCGCCGUCGACGCCAUCAUGGACCGCCUUCAAACCACCCGCGAUGCCUCCGUUGCCAUCAAAUGUCUCAUCACUGUUCAUCACAUCAUUAAACGUGGGAGCUUUAUUCUUCAAGAUCAGCUUUCUGUUUACCCUUCCACCGGUGGCCGUAACUACCUUAAACUAUCGAAUUUCAGAGACGAUACGACGCCGUUAACAUGGGAACUUUCUUCUUGGGUUAGAUGGUAUGCUUUAUACCUUGAAAACCUGUUGUCAACUUCAAGGAUUUUGGGGUUCUUUCUAUGUUCAACUUCAAGCAGUGUAGAUAAAGAUAGAGAAGAAGACAGAGUAUCGUCCCUUAUAAACACCGAAUUGCUUAAAGAAAUAAACUCUUUGGGGAAUUUGAUCGAACAGAUUGCCAAAAAGCCAGAUUCUUCGAAUUCUAAUGGCAACGUAUUGGUAGAUGCGGUCCUGGGGUUGGUGGGAGAGGACUACUUAUCAUCAAUCAACGAGAUUUCAAUUCGGGUCAGUGAGUUCAAGGAGAGACUCGAUUGUUUGGGCUUUGUUGACUCGGUUGAGUUGGUGUGUGCUUUGAGAAGACUGGAGGAAUGUAAGGAGAGACUGUCAACACUUUCCCAGAGGAAGAAAGUGAUGAUUGAGUCGGUUUGGGGUUCAAUAAAUGAGGUAAAGGAUCAAAUUGGGAACAGUAAAGCGUAUAAAGAAGAUGAAGGGAGAUUGUUGAUGAUGGGAAGGAGGAACAAGGUGAGUGAGUCGGCUCGGUUUGGGGAGCGAGUUGUGAUGAAGCAUAGCGGUAAUUCAGUGAAGUUCUCUUCAGGAAGGUUUCUGAGUUUCAAUGACUUGACUUUUCCAGCUUAUGCGUCGAUGGAGUGAUGUGGGUGAUUGGGGUUGUAAAUUAUAGCUUGUAAAAAACUAUUUAAGGUUUGAAUUAAUGUAAUAAUUUUGAUUUUGAAUGCCCUAUUUGCAAUUGCAAUGCUAA